AGUAUUAGGAUCUGUAUUUUAAUCAGAUUGGUCAAUAAGCUUAACAUGCUGCAAACAGGAUUGAGCUUCAAGUUCCACAACAUGGUGGCUAAGGGCGAUAAGGAAUAUUGGAUCACCAGCAAUUCAACUUUGGCAUAUUCUGCAACAGUGGAAACAUCCUUAACUGAUUCGUGUGAACUUCAACUACCACAGAAAAUAGCUCCAGAGGGGGAGAACAAGACUUUGGCCUCCCCAGACAAGUCAAAUGUGCUUUGCAAAGUAGUACAGGUAUGUAUACAUAGAAUUUUUAAAAAUGGUUCUCCAUUGAACUAUCGCCAAGGUGGGUCUUUGCCUGUGCGAGCUCUGAUUUUGAAGGACAGUCAGACCACUGCCAAAGUCUGUUUGUUUUGGGAAAUGCAGAAAUGCAGUUUGAAGAAGGAAAUAUGGUCAACGUUUCAGCUGUUUACCCCCAAAAAUAUCUUAACAGGAAUCAGCUUACCACCUAGCCCAUUUCAACCUUUUACAGCUGAUGAUCCUACAAUAUUUGUGCAGGGGCAAGAUGCAUCCCCAUACCUGUCAGAUCCAGACUUUGAAGAUCUUGAAUCAUUGACGAUAUCAUACCGACAGAUUUCACAGACUUCGACGUCUACAAAUGCUGCGAAGUUAAAGUUUCAGCUUGCAGGCAAAAAAAAGAUGGUUGACAAUCAAUGCCCUGUAUGCAAAGCCACAACUACAAAUCGCAAGUCGUACCGCAUCGCCUUUCUUUACUCGACUGAAAAGGCAAAAGGCAAAAAGAUUACACUGUUCAAAUCAACUAUUGAGAAGAUACUGAAUAUUGAACUGGACCCAGAGGAACAGAAAAGCAGUCUGAUAUCUGCUGUGGUAGGCAAACUACCAAUUCCAAUUGUUAUUUAGAUUUCAUUCACAUUCAAUGAAAUUACUUAUAUAUGUCUUCAUAGUUUAUCGGUCACUAUAAAGAAUUUUCGAAAUAUGCGUGUUCUGUUGUAUGGUGUAUUGGUGUUUUACGUAUAGUGAUCUCUUUGUAUGCCCGGAGUGUUGCUGUGCCAUAUGUGCCGGAAAUUAUCACUGCAUAGUUGGAAUGUGUGUGAUAAUUAUUAUACAGGGCUAUGUGCGUGUGUGGUUGUGUGCCAAUGUGUGAGCGGAUGUGCGGGUGGUGUUGUGUACUGGUGUGGUAAUCAUUGUGCCGAGAAGUGUGGGUUACAGGGGAAAAGAAAAAAGGGAAAAACAUUUUCAACAUUUAUUUGAUUAAAAAGGUAACAUGUAUAUAUUCCGUUAAGUAAGUGAUAACGAAUCCAAUUUAGGUAGUGAAUCAUAACAAGAAAAUGUGUGUAAUUGUUUAUUGUUUCAUUAAUUCUCAUAUAUUGACACGGCCGAAGAUUGCAGCAGUGAUCUAGAAGAUCCAGCAGUUAUAGAGGUAUUGUUCUCUUGUAUUUAAAGUAAUUAAUGUCGUGGAUUAAUCAUUAGCAUACAGGCGAUAAGACAUAAAUUUACGUUAUUACGAAUAUAUAUCGCGCUCAAAUAAAUGAUAUACUUGAUAUACUUUGCAUUUUUAGAUCACCUGACGCGAAGGGCCGGUGACCUUAUGCCAUGGUGUGCCGUCCGUCGUCCGUCCGUCUGUCCGUCCAUCCAUCCGUCAGUCGCCCGUCAACAUUUGUUUUAAAUCGCGACUUGUCAAUACUAAAUCGAUUUUAGCUAAUUUUGGUCUGAAAGAUCCAUGGGGGAAGGGGAACAGAUUUUGCAUUAAUGACGAUUCUGACGCCCAAGGGGCAGAGGGUCGGGGAUUAUAGGGGAACUAGAGGUAAUUUCUUACUUAUAAAUCGCUACUUGACAAAGUUUUUGAUGGAUUUGUACCCGAUUAAUCAGAAACAUCCUUGAGGGAAAAGGAACAGUUUUUGAAUAAAUGAUGACUCUGACCCCAAGGGGCCUGAUAGAGGACACAGAAGCAAAUCCUUUAAAUCGCUACCGGUCAUAUAGUUCUGAAUGGAUUCGGUAACAUUCAUAGGGGAAGGGAGAACAAAUGGUGACACUGAUCAAAAUAUUUUUGCAAAGCUAACUGAAAUAUCCAUGUGAUCGAUGCAGGCCCUCUGGGCCUCUUUUUUUUUUAAAUUGCCCUUUGUUUUGUAAAUAUUAUUUUAGCUAAUCAGUAUUUAUCUUAAAUUUUGAAGAUGGAGGACCAAAGCUUUCUGGACGAGAUGGCGUCUUUUGAUAAGGUAUUUACUUCAUACAUAUGCUAUUGCUGCAUUUUCUGUAGUAAGACUUCUCAUACAACCGUUGAGGACGAAUCAUUCUAUAUCAGCAUCAAGCGUAAAAUGCAGAACUUAGUGAAUGAUUAUAAACAAUCGUCACACAUUUCUAUGUGCUACACACCAUGUACUUUCUACAUUUGGUUUGGUUUAUUUUGUUUAACGUCCUAUUAACAGCUAAUGUUAACCUUCACACCAUAUAAACUUUUUUGUUGGUAAGAUAUUAAAAAAGAUCUCUGCAUUUUUGUAGUUGAUGAACAAGGAAAAAGAACGAAAGGCGGUUAGUAUUGAUGGCAUUUUUUACACCUAAUAGGACACGCUUGUCUAAGAUGAUUUUGUCUGUGACUAUAAUUCUCAACAGUUAAAUUCUUUGUUAACUUAUUGUAAUAUUUCUAAAGAUUUAUUCCAAAAUAAUAAAAAUAUCUAAUUUAUAAAUGCAUUUUAUUGAAGAUGGCAGAAGGUAUUGAAAUAGAGAUGACAGGAGAAAACACUAAACUGGUCUCCGUCGUCAAUUCAGCCUAUGGAGGGGAUGUCGUUCGAGACGCUGU